ACUGAAUAUGCAUCAGUACUUCGUGGAGACUUGCGGAACACAGCCUCGUUUAUUUGUUUUCAAUCAGUUGUUUAAGACUGAAAGCAAUCUUAGCUUUGAGCGUAUUCUGAGUUUAUUUGAAAAAGAUUAUGAGACCAUUCAAAAAGAAAGGUUCCUAGAAUUUUGGUGUAUAAACGGGGACAUCAUUGUUAAUGAGGAGUUUUGGCGUUUUCGUGAGAAUGGAAAAAAAUCUCUAAAUCCUAGCGAGACCGAGACGACAUAUUUUGAUAACCCCCUUGGGACAGAUAUGUGUAUGGAAAAUCAUAAAUUUUGGCAGCAAUACUACGAAACAGUGUACGAAGAGCAAUAUCAGGUGUUCGCCUUUAUUUUUUACGAAUAUUACAAGCAUUUGCACUACUCUUUAGAAGCAAAAGAACCUGAAAUUGAAGAACCCGCAGUAAAUAAUCAAGAUAUUGUCGAUGACUUUGAUCAGCUCGAACUGUUUGGACUUCCUACAGCUUUUGGCAGAGCCGUCACCAAAAAGAAAAAAUAUUUGAACAGGAACGCAAACCUGCACCAGAUUUACAGCGCUUUCUUUUCAGACGACGAAGAAAGCUAUAUAAAUAUGGAUAAUGUAUGUGUCUCGGAAACGCCGGCAGGAAAUCAUAUCAAUCUUGAUGGAAAGGUUAAGGAUAAUAAACCAAUGUAUGACAUUAAAGAAAAGUGUAUAGAAAAGAAAAAGAAAAACAGGAAACUACGCAAUGUACCUACAUUUCUUCUUGAAAACAAAGGCAUGUUAAAAUACUGGAGAAAACGGUUUUCUUUAUUUUCUCGAUAUGAUGACGGGAUACGUUUAGACUGUGAAAGUUGGUUUUCGGUAACACCCGAAAAAAUUGCAGUUCACUUGGCAGAUCGUCUAUCAUGCGAUUUAAUCGUAGAUGCCUUCUGUGGUUGCGGUGGAAAUUCUAUACAAUUCGCACGCACAUGCAAACAUGUUGUAGCAAUCGAUAUAGAUCCAAUAAAAAUAAAUAUGGCGAAACAUAAUGCAAAGAUAUAUGGGGUAACUGAUAAAAUUGAUUUUAUAGUAGGAGAUUUUCUACAAAUAGGACGCAGCGGGCGAUUUCGCAGCGAUGUUGUUUUCUUGAGUCCUCCCUGGGGUGGUCCAAAGUACAAGACAAAAUCAGACUAUGAUAUUGAAAGAUUUUUACAGCCUGCAGGAGCUUCCCAGUUGAUGGAAAUCGCUAAGACAUUUAGUGAAAAUAUUGUUUUUUAUCUACCGCGAAAUGCUUGUAUUAAGCAAGUCGUAAAAUUAGCAGGGGAGGGCAACCGAUGUGAGGUAGAGCAUAAUUAUUUAGACUCGCGGCUUGUGGCUAUUACUGCGAUAUAUGGAGAAAAUAUAUUAAAAUCACCAAUUAUUUAGUAAAGGCUCAAAUAUUCUUAUAAAAAAUAUGUAUUUAAAAUUGUAACCGUUUUCUUCCAUUAAUAAAAAUAAU